AGGUGCAGAUGGUUAUAACAAUGAUACUAGCAACAGUAGUGUCAAACAAUCAAAAGGAGUAAAUUUUAAGUGCAUAACAAUCAAAAUGUAACACCACCUUGCAAACAAAGGUCUUCCUUGGGAACCAACAGCAGAUAACUUCUGGCAUUCUAGGUAAUAGAUUCAUUAGCAAAUAAGAACAAGUGACAAAAUGUAUUUAUUUCCCAAUGUUUGGGACUGGAGGCAGAAGAGAAGGCAACAUAUUUUGUCUAAGGGGAAAAUCUUUCCAUAAAGCACAGCACACAACAAGAACAGCAAUAAUCUCCUACAUCAGAACAAAAUAUGAUUCAAAUGGACAAAUGGUAAGGAUUUUACCUUUCCCAAAAGGUUAAGGAAGCCACUUAGACUGAUGAAGCUAAGCUCCUGGUAUUUAUCCAGACUUAAUGUGUUAGAGAUUGCCAAAAAAGUACAUCAUCUAAGAUGGGAAUACUGACAGUUUGAUUUAACUUCCCUUUGCCAAUGACUUCCAUGGCCCUACAAAUAAAAUUUCCUUUAGGGUCUUCAUCUUAAUCACAACACAAGAUGUUUUUAAAGUUUUUAAACCAUCACUGGAAGGAGAUUCAUAGAAUCUAAGACUUCAAGCACUUUUUACCAUGACCAGAUGCCUAGACUGAUCUUGUGAACAUGAGCUAGUGCAUUUCAUUCAGACACUCAAUUUUUCAUAUAAUCCUUUUUACAUAAACAAAAUACAAUUGUAUAAACACACACAACACAUUCUUGAAAUAAACUGAAAUUAUUAAAGUUCUAAGAGUCAAAAUGCUAUAAGAAAGCAACCUACAAAAAUUAUUGUUCAUCUGAAAUUAUUCCAUUGUAGACAAUAAUCACUGAAUAAAUCAGGUUUUAUAAGUGAAGAUAGAAGAAAAAUAAAGAAAAUAUAUCUUUUCUCUUCUUAGAAAAGUAAUUUUAAAUUACUUCUUUCUACUCUGACCAAAUUAAGAGAAUACCACAACUGUGGCAUGCUUUUCAGGUUUUAUUGAUCCUGUGAUAAACAGUGACUCAAGAGACAGAGAUUUCACAUGCAACAGUGCACUCAAUCAUAAGAUGGGAAAGUACAAAAAGGAAUUUCCCAAGACUGCAAGUGCAUUUUAAAAAGAGAUUAGAGAAUGCUAAAAGGUUCCCUAAAUGUUAGUAUUCACCAAUUAUGUCAACAGAGACCACAGAAAACACCACCCCACUCCAGAGUAGCUAUCAGCUCAAUUCAAAGUCUGGUGUCUGACACUGCUCAGUACCCAACAGCCUAGAGGAGCUGGAGGAAACUUAGUGAUGGACCUUUUCUCCUAAAACAGUAAGUUCAGAGGCACUACAGAGGUACGCUCCAAAAUGAAUCAGUGUUUGUUUUUUAGACAGAGUUCACAUCUAAUAUAAAUAGAUACUAUCCAAAUAUCCAUUCAGCUAUCUUUUUUUUAAAAUGUCAAAACUUUGUGCCCUUCAAAAUGGUGUGUGAAACUCACUUGUACAGGCAACUCCACUGUGUGAAAAUUCAUUCCAAUUAAUUUUAAACUUUCACCCUGAACUUUCUUUAUAUAAUUUUGUACUUUGAAAAUUUCCCUUUAUUUUAUGUUGUCUUCAGUAUUUUUAAUAGUUUACUAAUGCCUUUUUUUAGAAUAUUUAUAUGGGGACGCUGUUUAGCUACAGCAGGUCUGGCAGACAAAUUAUCCACAGAAUAAUACUAGAAUAUGGCUGACACAGUAAAGUACAACAAAAGGAUGGUCAAGGAAAAUGUUGACCCACUGGUGAAAAAAGAGACCUAGUGACAAAGGACAAGAAAAAAGCCAGGGCACUCAAUGUCUGUUUUGGGGUCAGUUUUCAAUGGUUAGUUUUGCCCUCAGGCCUUGCAGGUCCCUGAGCCUCCUGUGGGACUGGAGCAACAUCUGCGGUGAAGGAAGACAUUUUAGAGGCUCUUGAGCCCAGCUGAUCAUACAGGAGGCAAAAGGACCAGAUAGGCUGCACCCCAGGGUUCUUAGGGAGGUGGCCAAUGCUACCUCACUGAAACAUCAUGGUGAUUAGGACAGCUUCCUGACUGGAUAAUUGCAAAUGUCACACCCAUCUUCAAGGAGAGCAAAAAGAGGAUCCUGAUAGCUACAAAGCUCACCUCUAUCCCUGGGAAAGUUACAGAGCAAAGCUCCUAGGAGCCAUUGCCAGCUACAUGAUGGACAAAGCAGCUGCUAAUAUCCCAUCUGGAUUUACCAAGAGUGACUCUGGUGCUGUAGAUAAGGAACGGGAAGAUGGCAAAUGCUGUACACUCUGACUUUAGGAUGGCCUUUGACUUGAUUUCUUCUUCAGCUCUUAAAGAAAAACAGGGAAGAUAUGUACUGCAUAAGCAGAUUUGAGGGAAUCUGGCUACAUUGCUGGACUCAAAGGGUUCUGAUCAGCAGCACCAAUUUUAAUGGCAACUACUUACUAGCAGCUUCCCUCCGGGAUCCAUACUGGGAUGAACACUAUUUAUUGUCUUUAUUAAACAACCUGGAUGAUGGGACAGAGUGCACUCCCAACAAGCUAGUGAAUGAAAUCAAACCAGAGGGAGCAGUCAAUGCUUUGGAGAGCAGGACCACAUUUGACUGUUCCUUGAUGGACUUGAGAAAUGGGCUGACAUUAGGAAUGUUAGGGAGCUCAACAGAAGUAACUGUGGAGUCUUCCAUCUGGGUUAGAACAACCUUGUGCAGUGGCACAGACUGGCUAGAAAACAGAUUUGCAGAUAAGGAGGUGGAGAAUCCUUUGAGUGUUAGUCAGCCUUUGAGUGUCACUUUAGCCUUGAAGGAAACGUCAAUCACAUACAGGGCAGCAUUAUCAAUGUGUUGUCAUCAGACCAAGAGAAGUAAUUGCUCAGCACUUCUGGGCCUAAACCUAAAUCACUGUGCCCACUUCUGGGCUUUAUGCUUCAAUAAAGGUAUUAAUAUACUGGAGCAACUCCAGAGAGGAUAAUGAUGGUCCAAUAUUUAUCAGGCUGCCCAGAACUACAAUCUCCAUCCUCAGAGCUACAGCCUGGACACACAGCCCAAAAUAACCCAUUCUUGUUGGACAUGUUUUGAACACAGCGUUGAACUAGACAACUGCCAGAGAUCCUGUCAAACCUAAGCUACCCUAUUGCUCUGUGAAUAAUCAAAGCCUUAAUCCUGAAGUUCAUGAUUGCUGGAGGAAUUUCUGUUCCUAUAUUUCACAGGACAGGUACAAACACCCAUCCACAUACUGUAAUUAAAAGGACUGCCUCUCAACUCUUUCAGUUAUGUUAAUUAGUUGUUUGGUACCAUAUAUCAGAUUCAACACCUAUAAGUGGAAAACACAUUCUUAUUUAAAGACUACUUCAGUGUUUUCUUUCCCUUCACUUCUUUCUUAUCAUCUUAUAUUUGCUUUUCCUCUCAUCUCUUUUAGUCUUCUUUUCUGUGCUUUCUCUCUUUUUGCAGAGACCUUUGCCCCAGCCCUUUGUUCAUUAUACUAUGAGAAUAUCAGGAACAUCCUUUCACGUGCCAUGAUUAACUUCUACUAGAAAUCUGUGAUGUCUGUGUGCAAAGAAGGGCUACAGACACAAGCAUAUUCUGACUUUGAACUGAGUUUUUGCCCACUUCAUAUUUAGGAAGGUAAUUUUAGUCACAUGGGUUAGAAAAUGAAAUUUUCAAACAACCCAGAAAACUCUAAAACCUGAAAACUGAAUUCUAGAGAUUGAACAUUCUACAUGCAUACCAUGUCCAUCCCAAAGAUGUACUGCUAUAGCUGUCUCUACAAUAAUUACAUCCUCAUUUUGAAGAGCACACUAUAUUUCAACAUUUGAAGUGAAACAGAAACACAGUGACAAGAUAGGAACAUUCUACAUCCCAUGAAUCGAUGAGAUUGGUUUUGUACAAAGAAAUAAAAAAAAAAUACAAACAAUAUCCUUGAAAAAAAUAAAUCAGAGAUGUAAAAAUUGUGCAAGAAGAAAAAAUCAGGGCCAGAUACAUCUUACAAGAGAAAUGCACUAUUUAAAGUCUAAAAGGCUGACUAUUAAAUGCAGAUUAAAAUAAAACAUUAGCACUAGCAAAGAUAUGCACAAAACAGAGGAAAAAUGGUUCUAAAAUGCAUGAACAAAGGGUUAGAAAGCUAAAUAAAUGUAACUUCUGCAAAAAUGCGUGCUGUUGUCAAUAGAAAUUCUGUGGCAUUAAGUUUGCAGAAAUAACCUGUUUUAUUCAGAAUGAGUCACUACACUUACUAACUGCUGUGCUGUGUUUUUCUUCAUUCAAGUUCUUCAAAAAACCAUUAAACUGACAAAUUCAUAACCACAUAUUUUUUGGGGGACUAAAAAUAUCACUUAUAAAAACAGCUGCAGGUAAUACAGGCACGCAAGCAGUGCACUUGCAAUUCCAUUUUACUAAGUUAUUUCAGUGACCUGCAUUCCUGCAGUCAGCCCAAACACUGCCAUAUUACACUUAAAGUUCCAGCCUUUAUUCCGAAGAUGCUAAAUAUUCACAACAUUAAGUAACAUUCCUUAAAAUUAAUUAACUCUGUGGAAUGUGACUACCCUUGAUGGUUGUGUUCUUCUACCUGCUGGAGCCCUGGACUCAAAGGACUCACCUACUGCACCCAGUUCUUUCACUACACAUGAGCAGGACAGCCCAUUGCCCGAGGUCUCUCAAUAGCAGCAAAAGCAUUAGGCUUUUUACCCAAUACUCACUAGCCAACGCAAAUAUUUCACAGGAAAGCAGCAAGAAUGCAGGGAAGAAUUUAAAAAUGCAUCUGGAGAUGAAAUGAAAGGUUCCUCCUAUCCAUGGAUAUCCCCGCAGAAUCUGUGCAACUUGCAGUUCAUUAAAAUUUGAGACUAACCAUCUAACCAACAGUUUACAAUCCCCUCAUGAAGGCACAAGUCAGACAUUUAUCCUAAAGUAAGCUUUAGUUUUUAAUGCCAAGACUAUCCAACAAUGUAUUUUGUAAUCUGCUGGGUUCCAUGCUCCUCACCUUGUCUGCCAAAAUCUGAACAGUGUUUGCACAUACAUGGUAAACACAAACACCUUCUGACACACAGCAAUUUCUUAAUUUACAUGUUCAAAUCCUGGAGUAGUCAAACAGAUAUUGGACCAAAAGCAGCUGUAUCAGAACAGAAAACAAACAGCUAGAAGGAUAAACAGUUAGUGAAAGAAUGCAACCUGCACCAUUUAGCUCAAGCAAUUAGCCUGAGCUAAUUUCUCAUCAUGCUGGGCUGGACUGGUAGCUGAUAUACCAGUGUGACUCAAAGUGUACAAUCUAGUACUGUAUCUUAAUCAAAAGAAGGCAAUAUCUUAUCAGAUUAAAGCAGGAAACACAUACUGGUGUUGUUUUAUAAUGAUAAAACAAUUCUGAAACAAACAUUUCCUUUAAUAAGAAGCAGGGGUUCUAAUGUCAGUCCUUGAGCAAAGACACGUCUGCGUAUCUCAAAAUUUCCCAUUUCUACAGCAGACCUUAGGUGCUGGACACGGAACCAACUGUGGUAUUACUUUGCAUACAUAUGAAGCAAGUUCCCUGUGCAAUUUCCCUUUAAGCAGUCCUGAAUGCUCAUUACUUCAUUUAAAGCAAUUUUACUCUCUGAUGAAGCUGAAUAAUUAAAAAAUUAUUCAAAAACAAGUAAGGAAAAAAAAAUCCAGAAUAAGACAGGUAAGUUUUCCCAGAGACUUUCUGAAUGUGAUGUUAGAAGACGAAUGCUCCAUUAAGACUGAGGAGCUGAAAGCCCUAGAUAGAGCCCUUCAGCUCUUUGGCAUCUAAGGGGAAUCAAGUCAUGUGUACAGUGGGAGUUCAACACCAGAAAAAUCAGUGUACAGUGUCAAACAAGUGCUCCAAGUAGGUACAAAAGUAGCUCACAAGUCUCUAUGUUCUGCUGUAGCAAAAACAUUUCCUAUAAUUCAAAGUAACUUUGCCAUUAGAUCUGCGUUUUACUUGAGGCUUUCUGAUGAGAUGGACGUGUUAGCAGAGAUCCUGUCUCUCUAUACACCUUCACCACUACAAUGUCAGCUAACACCUGUGCUGUGAGCACUGCCCUAACAUUUCCAAAGAGGCACCCCGCACUCUGCAUGGGUUGGACCUGCCAAAAAUAGCCUUAUCACGCCUUGUUGGUUGUUUAAAAUCAGGCCACUAAAUGAGGUCAUGAAACAGCCCUUUGCAGUCAUGAAUGAUCAGUAUCAGGUUUUGGGGAAAAGCCCAGGUAGCUCUCAACCACAGCCUCUAACAGCAAAUGAAAGGAUUUUCCAUCUGCCUCUGAAUUCCAAAACCCUCUUAACAAACAUACAAUUUACCUCUUACAUUACAAGUGCUUCACCCAGAAACAAGGUUAUUUCAGGUACAAAUGGGUUAACUCACAAUCUGACAUCCCAUUCCUUUCCUACUCCCUAGCCACUCAUUCUUGUCAAUAUUAUUUUAGGGGAAUCAGAAUUGUGUUUUAGAAGCUUUUUAUCUUUCAUGUAUUUGCCUUAUGUUUUUCAUCAUCAUUAUUAUUAUUAUUAUUACUGCUUAAAAUGUAAUAAACAGCUUACAAAGGCAGACAUUCUCACUAAUCUCCCAAAGUCACAGAGUUCUUUAACUCUCUCAUACACUUUUGAAAGGCAUUUCUGUAAAUCCUCAUCAUUAUGAUACUAAAACCGUGCUGGGAAUGUCCACGGGCGCUGGAGGCGUCUGCUUUAACACCACAUCUCCGUAUGUCUCAGUUCUGAGGUUUCGUCAUGCUGCAUUAGAUCUCGUCGGUAAGAAGAAGUUCUAAGUAUGUACUGAUUACACAGCUCUUUGCUGUAAUUAAGGUAUUUUUAAAUGCAGACGGCAUAUAAACAAAGUUUUUCUCAUAAGAGAGGGAUUUUAGCUGGUCAACAAUUAGCCAAGUAAACCUCUGGGUGAAGUCCCUUCGGUGAAAGUCAGUAGAGCAUAACUUCAGGGGGGAGGUGGAAGUGUUGUUUCUAAUUACUCUCUGAGCAGACUAAUUGCAAAAGGAUCUAAACUAGAUGCUUUCACAUCCCAUAAAACACUAGGCAGCAAAUCAAGACCAGCAUACAAACAGGGCUGGGUUUUUUUUAAGCACUUGAAAAAACCCUACCCCUCCCACAAAAGACUCACGUAAUCACUCUUGAGAACAAUGUGCAAGGGUAAACCUUCUCAGUCAAGCCAUCCUGUUAAUGCCCUGAACUGCUCAGAGGAUCCAAGAAGCUACAGAGAUGUCUACUGAGUUUCCUGCAACAACAGUGGUGGCAGAAAUGGACCCUUUCACAGCCUCUGAGACCAACAUUUCCACCUGUGACUUAUACGAGCACAAAGACACAGCACGGAUAUUACUGUCUGUCUUCUAUGGCUCCAUCUUGAUUCUUGGGGUGCUUGGAAACACCAUUGCCCUCACCGUCAUUUUUAAAAACAGAAAGAAGAUCAACUCCACUACCCUCUAUUCAACAAAUCUCGUCUUCUCCGACCUGCUGUUCUGCAUUGCCUUGCCAACCAGGAUCGCUUACUACGCCCUGGGAUUCCACUGGCCGUUUGGAGAAGCGCUGUGUCGAAUCACUGCGCUCUUGUUCUACAUCAACACCUACGCAGGUGUAAACUUCAUGACGUGCCUGAGCAUUGACAGGUUCUUCGCUGUCGUCCACCCCUUCCGAUACAAGAUCAGAAGGAUUAAAUACGCUAAGGGCAUUUGUGUCUUUGUCUGGUUUCUCGUAUUCAGUCAAACUUUCCCAUUACUUAUACAAUCCAUGUCACACGAAGAAGAUGAAAGGACUACAUGUAUGGAAUAUCCAAACUUUGAGAAAAUAGAACAUCUACCAUUUAUACUUCUUGCUGCCUGUUUAAUAGGGUACCUUAUUCCCCUGGGGAUUAUUCUGUUUUGUUACUCUCAAAUCAGCUGCAAACUUUUUCAAACAGCCAAGGAAAAUCCACUGACUGAAAAAUCAGGGAUAAACAAAAAAGCCAUCAAUACAAUCAUAUUUGUAAUUAUAGUGUUUAUCAUCUGCUUUACUCCUUAUCAUGUUGCAAUCAUACAACACAUGAUUAAGAAACUUCAGCAAGAACCCACAUGCACUGAAAAGAAAAUUUUCCAGAAGUCACUCCACUAUACUGUAUUUCUGAUGAAUUUUAACUGCUGCCUAGAUCCUUUCAUCUAUUUUUUUGCAUGCAAAGGAUACAAGAGAACUGUACUGAAAAUACUGAGACGACAAGUGAGUGUAUCAAUUUCAAGUGCUGCCAGGUCACAUCAUGAAGAAAGCUCCCGUGACGCAGGAGAAACGCAAAUGACGGUACUUGCUAAAUCUUCCAAUGGAAAGCUACCUGAAAAAUAAACUCUGUAGUACAUCACAGUGAACCAAGACUAAAAAUCCAGGGUCCACAGCAAAAACUCUUAGUGCUCCCCUACAGCAGCUUAAGUAAAAUUCUGUUUCUCAGGAUGUCAGGGAAUCAAGGAGUGUUGGACUGAAAAAGAUUUGUCACAGGACAGCAGGAAAACUCGGCAUUAUAAUCUUCUUGCUGUAUCCUUCUGACUGAUCUCUUGUUUUUCCAGGAAAUAGGCACCAUUGCGGAUGUUCAGAUUCCAUGCUGCACAUUCAUAUGCCUGGAUGUUACUAACUCAAGCAGAGCCAAAUCACAGUUGGGGUUGAGCGCAAAUAUAGCUUACAAUUCAGACCAACUACAACCAGAACAUCUGAAAAUUUAAAAACCUCUAGCUGAGCUCCAAUUAUAGCAAUGGUUUUGUUGGCCCAGUCACAGAAACAGAGGAAAUAAAAUUUUGAGAUAAAAUGGA